GCUCCCUCCACCAAUGUUUCCGGGCUCUCCCGCCCUCCCCGGCCCUAGCCAUGGCUCAGGAGACUAAAAACCAGGACCCCAUCGGAACCAUCUUAAUCCAGGUCCAUGAUGACCUUCAGCAAUUAAAGGAGAAAUUAGCCGACUUCCCAUCUGAAGAAGGAGAGACCCUAGACAUUCAGAAUCUUAAAACAGCAAUCAAAAGGACUGAAAUGGGGUUAAGAAUUCACAUUGAGAAGUAUUUAAAUGUUGUAAACCAUCAAGUGUUAACGACUCCCAUUAGUGAGAAUAAGUUAUUUUCUCCCCACACUUCCCAAUGGUUGAUUCCAACUGUAAUUGAUCAGAAAUUAUUUAUUUUCCCUUUGGAAUCUGAGGGUAAACUUUGGCCACCCCAAAGACAGUGUGUAUUACCACAUGCCUUUCCAAGAACAAAGCGAAAGAUAGGGUUGGAUGUAAAAAUCAUGCAGGAUCCUGAAAACCUCCGCCACAGAGCUGCUGUCAGUGCGAACUAUGGGAUCAGUUUGCCAAGUAUUAAUCAGAGAAAAGCCUGUGCAAGCGUUCAGAAGUUAAUGAAAGGGCCCACCGUCACCAGCCUCACGGUUCUGCCAGCUUCUCAUCGCACGAAUCCCUAUUUCACCCCGGUGCCAGUCUUACAAAAAGAUGCCAGUAAAGGGGUUUUAAGUAUGAUAGAACGAGGAUUGAUUCCACCAACAGCAAAGAUUAACUUUCAGAAUCCGCCCAUUGUACCCAGAGCGGCUCCUCUGCAUAAAUUUGGUGAAUCACAUAAGACUCGAACUGCUGGUAACUUGGUACUAUCUCCAUCCAUAGCCCCUUUGGGUGCAGCCCAAAAACCAAAGCCGAUUCUAAUAGUGAAGAAGAUCUCUCCCACGAAACAAAAAGCAAAGGGGAAAGGCAAAAGGUCAAGACUAUCUAUGGAGAGGAAGAGCUUGAAAUUCACACCACCUUCCAGAGCUCUGAAAUCACCAUGGGAUCACGACUUUUUUAUUUAUGAUGGCGUCAUAGACAACACAGCCCCAGACUUCAUAGCAUUCAAGUCACAUUUUAUUUUAUCCUGGGGAAGUAUUCUCUCUCUCUUGGAACACAUCGAGAAGUUCCUCAGGGAAUAUGCAAUACCGGAAGUCAAAAUCAAAGGGAACAGUUUGGUAGACCUCCUUCCAGAGUUUGAGCUGAAGAAUAAACUUACCAGAAAUGACCUCCUCUCAGUGGUAGAGAACCCUCUUCCCAUCCAAAAGAUGUUAACUGUUCCUGGCCAGAGAUACAAAGGGCAAGGUGGGAAGUUAAAUGCUGCCAGCAAGAUCCAAGCCACAUGGAAAUGCUACAAAGCAAGAAAAUACUUCCACGUUUUCCGCCAGCAGAAGUGGGCGUCGGGUGUGAUUGCCAUCGCGUGGCUCUUACAUUGCCAUAAGACACGACUGAUGAAGAUCCUGAAGGAGUCACGUGAGAGACACCUGCAGAAUUUCCGCAUUCGAGCCAAGCAUCUGGCAGCCAACUGGAAUCGCAUCAGGACCUCCAGGAGGACUAUUAUCCAUAUCCCAUCAUUAGGUUAUACCCAGCCUGUGCGACAAAAUAUUGACAACUUCGACACUCAACAGAACAUGCAGUUGGGGCGGCUGUGUGACAUCAUAGAUGCCAAUGUAAGCAUCAUCUACAUCUGCUCCCACCAAAUGAAUGAAGAGUUACUUCUGUAUUACCACAAAAUCCUGAGUCUACAGGCAGCUGUCAAAUCGGGGAACCUUGAGGACAGAAGUGACCUGCAGGACAGGUUCAAAAUUAUCACCCCUGAAGCUAUAAAGAUCUUCACUAAGCAACAUAUGUGCCUGGCGACUCACCUGAAGUACAGUCCCAAGGCAAUCAAAAGAAUAAAAAAUCUCAUCAGUGGACGAGAUGCCUACAUUGUCAGCGGGUUCCUCCACAAAGAUGAUCUGGCCGUGGCAGAUAUGUUAGACGUACCCAUCCUGGGUCCAGAGCCUGAAAUAGCUCAUCUUUAUAGCACCAAGUCUGGAAGUAAACAGAUGUUUGCCAGCGCCAAUGUGCCGUUCCCUCCUGGAAUAUCUGACAUCUUUAGUCACCAGCAGAUGAUAGAACAGCUGACUCAGCUGAUCCUCGAUUACCCGGAAAUCCAACGCUGGCUCUUUAAAAUGGACUAUGAAUUUGGAGGAAAUGGGACUGCGUUUUGUGACAUUCUUUCCCACCUCCAGUGCCGUGACUGGCUCCUAAUGGAGUAUAACAAAUACAGCCGUGAAGACUGGCGCAAGAAAUGGGCACAGGAGCCAGCUUUGAUGAAGAUCUCCGAGGAGCUGGCGGGCCUUUUAGCACAGCACGCUCAGCCAGUCAAUGAGAAACGCUUCCCCACGUGGAGGAAAUUCCUCUCCACACUUCUCAGUCAAGGAGGUGUGGUCGAAGCAUACCCACCUGUGGAAAGUGUCACCAACCUGACGGUGGACAUGCUCAUAGAGCCCAACGGAGAAAUCAGAGUGCUGUCCACGGGGGACCAGUUGCACGCAGAGGGCCCCUUCAUCUCCUCCGGUACCACCAUGCCUCAGGCCUCAGUGAACUCCCAAGUUCUCAUUUCUUUGUGCCUCCAAAUUGGAAAAGCUUGUAAACUGAGAAAUGUGGUCGGUUACUUUUCUAUAGACCUGGUGACCUUUAUUGACCCAAGCUCCAUGGAACAGAAGGUGUGGGCAACAGGCCUCGACCUGGCGUACAGCGACCAGCUGGCCCUGACUCAGCUCGCCUUGUACCUGACCAACGGCCACCUGGACUGCAGUAUUAGCACCCUGACAGUGCCCCCGCGCCCUCCCAAGGAAGAGAAGAAGAAGAGCCACCUGACUACCCUGUCCGUGCCGACGAAGGCAACCCAUCGCUACGCAGUGAUGACCACCCAGCUGAAGCACAACAAUAUGUCGCUGAUUUUCCCCUAUGUUUUCCUCCAGAUGUGUAAGGCCCAUGGCAUCGGCUAUGACAUUGAGGACAGACAAGGAACUGUUUUCAUAUUAUAUGAACACUUGAAGAGAAACAAGUUGGGAAUGUUAACAAUCGGUGAGGAUCUCCAGGGGGUCCUCAUGACCUUUGCUCGCAAUCUCUUCGUCAUCCAUCAAGAAAUAUCAGCACCUAAUAUGCAAGGCGAGACCAAUUUUAAGGCCAUCAUUGAUGAGGUUGAAGUCAUUCUGGGAGUAACAGAGGAAAACAAAAAGCGAUUUGAAGAAGAGCUACAAUCUAAAGAUGAUAAGAAAAAUACCUCUCUGAGCCUGAUAUGUUUAUGAUCCUGGAAUACAUUACUGAGUUUAGAUUCCAACUAGAGCUAAGAAAA